UUACUUUCGGUUAUUAAAAUCCUCCAUGACCAUCAGACACAACAAAUGGUCCAAAGACCUUUGCCAAAAAGAUUCAGCUUCUUCUUCUCUGUAUCCACAAAGACACAAGGCUAAAAUCUUGCUACACAUUUUCUCUUACUGUCAAAUAAUUUGACAAUGCUGUUGUUAAUAUAGUUCAAAGAAAGAUUUCUUUGGGUUUUUUUCUCUUUUUUUUUGGAGUAGAAGUAGUUUAGAUGGAUAUACAGUUUGAUUAAAGGAAUGGUUUUGGUGAUCCGGGCAUGGGGUAAAAAGAUCGGUGAUUAGACCUAGGAGGUGAUAUAGGUAGAUUUUUUGAUUGUUUUGGAGAAAAGAUUGCUGGGUUACUGAAAGAAGAAAAUGGGGGUUGAUUACUAUAACAUAUUGAAGGUUAACAGGAAUGCAACAGAUGAUGAUCUAAAGAAGGCAUAUAGAAGAUUGGCAAUGAAAUGGCAUCCUGAUAAGAACCCCACUACCAAGAAGGAAGCUGAAGCCAAAUUCAAGGAGAUCUUCGAGGCUUAUGAGGAAUCCAACGUGAAAUUUAGGAUUCAUGGUUACUGUUGUGGAAUGGUCUUGAGUGACCCCCAAAAAAGAGCAAUUUAUGACCAGUGUGGUGAAGAAGGAUUAAAAGAGGCACCACCAUCUGGCGGUGGUGGCUUCCCUUUCGGAAAUGGUAGUGGUGGUGGGUCAAAUGGUUUCAAUCCUAGGAAGGCAGAGGAUAUCUUUGCGGAAAUCUUUGGAAGCAGUCCUUUUGGAUUUGGAUUAACAGGACCUGGUAAAUCCAUGAGGUUCCAGUCGGAUGGAGGGUUGUUUGGUGGAUUUAGCAGUAGUGAUGCUCCUUUUCGAACAUUCAGUGAGGGGACCGUGCCAAGGAAACCACCACCAGUAGAGAGCAAAUUGCCUUGCAGCCUCGAGGAACUGUAUACCGGAUCAACAAGGAAAAUGAAGAUAUCAAGAACUGUAGUUGAUACCCAUGGGCGACAAGUGCAAGAAACAGAGAUAUUAACCAUUGAUGUGAAGCCAGGGUGGAAGAAGGGAACAAAGAUUACAUUCCCAGAUAAAGGAAAUGAACGGCAGAAUCAGCUUCCAGCAGAUCUUGUGUUUAUAAUUGAUGAGAAACCUCAGACCACAUACAAGAGAGAUGGAAAUGAUCUUAUCAUCAACCAUAAGGUGACCCUAGCAGAAGCACUAGGAGGGACAACCGUAAACCUAACCACACUUGACAGCCGGAAUCUAUCAAUUCCUGUACAUGAUAUCGUGAGCCCUGGCUAUGAGCUUGUUGUGGCCAUGGAAGGUAUGCCAAUAGCAAAGGAGCCAGGUAAUUGGGGCGAUUUGAGGAUCAAAUUUGAAGUGAAGUUCCCAACAAGAUUAGCACCAGAACAACGAGCAGGACUCAAGCGUGUAUUAGGGGGUUAAAGAUUGAUCAAAUUUAUGUACUAGUAGCCAUUAUGUUGAGCUAAAUGCUGAAGCCAAAUGCUGUUUCCAUUUGCACGGGUUGUCUUUUUGCUCUCCUUGUAUUUAUAGAGCCUUUGAAUCAACACCUAUAGGAACCCAGUAGAAGUACUAUAAUUAUUACGGUCCUUUUCAGUCAUUACUGGCUGGUCCAUGCAACUGAUUCUGUAUUUUUUUUUUUUUAAUGACAGAAGAAGGAGUAUACCUACAUGUAUCAUAUUGUUUCUCCUUGUAUUCCUUCACUGGACGACCGCAUUAUGUAUUUUUCUUUUGCAGUUUUGCCUUUC